UCUUCUGCUCCUUCCUCCGCAAGCAGGUUCACCUGUAUUUGUCAAAAUGGCUCAACUCCUGAAUAGCAUACUCAAUGUGGUAGAGGUGUUCCACAAAUACGCCAAAGAGAAUGGGGACCGUGCCUUAUUAUGCAAGGAGGAGUUGAAGCAACUGCUCUUCGCUGAGUUUGGAGACAUCCUUCGGAGGCCAAAUGACCCAGAGACUGUGGAAACCAUCUUGGACCUCUUAGAUCGAGACCGGGAUGGACAUGUUGAUUUUCAUGAGUACCUCUUGUUGGUGUUCCAGUUAGUCCAAGCCUGCCAUCGUAAGCUAGACAAUAAGUCACAUGGAGGUAGGACCUCCCAGCAAGAAAGGGGGCAGGAGGGAGCACGAGACCAUAAGUUCCCAGGUAACACAGGUAGACAACACAGACAGAGGCACGAGGAAGAAAGGCAGAACUCCCACCACAGUCAGUCUGAGAGACAAGAUAGGGACUCUCACUAUGGUCAGCCUGAGAGACAAGACAGAGAAUCACACCAUGGUCAGCCUGAGAGACACGACAAGGAUUGCAGCCUUGAUCACUCAGAAAGACAAAGUCAAGAUUCCAGCUCCGGUGAAAGCGUGAGUCACAAAUCUAGCAGUGGCCAGGCUAAAUGGCAGGGGCAUAUCUUUGCCUUAAAUCAGUGUGAAAAACCAGUUCAGGAUUCUCAUUAUGGUCAAUAUGAAAGGCUUGCACAACAAUCUGAAACACUUGGACAAGACUCUCGCUUUAACCAGACAAAUCCACAGAAAUCAAGCUCUUAUUAUAGACAGUCUGGGAGGCUGGAUCAGGAAUCAGGCUGUAGUCAGACAGACAGGCAAGGCCAGAGUUCCCACUAUGGUCAGACAGACAGACAAGGCCAGAGUUCCCACUAUGGGCAGACAGACAGACAAGGCCAGAUUUAUCAUUAUGAUCAGGCAGACAGACAGGACCAGAAUUCCCACUAUGGUUAUUCAGACAUACAAGGCCAGAGUUCCCAUUCUGGUCAGAUGGACAGACAAGGCCAGAGUUCCCACUACAGUCAGAUGGGCAGACAAGGCCAGAGUUCCAACGGUGGUCAGACAGAUAGACAAGACCAGGCACACAGACAAGGCCAGAGUUCCCAGUAUGGUCAGUCACAGACUGGGGAAAUACAAGAGCAAAAUAAGUACUUCCAAGGGACUGAUGGAACAAGACAAACCUCUUAUGAUGAGCAAUCAGGAAGAUCAGGGAGGCUAAGUCAACAGACUCUAGGACAGGAAGUGUACCAAAAGCAGGUACAAGGAUUCCAGUCUAGGGACCCACAGCAGAUUGGCCACCAGGUAUGGGAGCCUGAAGAGGGCAGUCCAUACCACCAAUACAAACUCUUAGCACACAUCCAACAAGAAAGACCACUUUGUCACAGAGGGAGAGACCGGCAAUCGUGCAGUAGUGAGCAGGGCCACAGACAGGCCCAGACCAGGCAGAGUCAUGGUGAGGGGCAGAGCCACUGGGCAGAGAAAGAGCAGGUUCCUCAAAACUGGGAUAUACACAACCAUGAGGGUCAGGAAGGUCCGUGUAGAACACAGGACAGGCGAACCCAUGAAGAGCAGAACCGUCAGAGACAAGACAGGCAAACCCACGAAGAUGAGCAGCACCAUCAGAGACGAGACAGGCAAACCCACGAAGAUGAGAAGAACCAUCAGAGACGAGACAGGCAAACCAAGGAAGAUGAGCAGAACCAUCAGAGACGAGACAGGCAAACCCACGAAGAUGAGCAGCACCAUCAGAGACGAGACAGGCAAACCCACGAAGAUGAGCAGAACCAUCAGAGACGAGACAGGCAAACCCACGAAGAUGAACAGAACCAUCAGAAACGAGACAGGCAAACCAAGGAAGAGGAUCAAAACCAUCAGCAACAACAGAAUAGACAAAACUAUGAGAAGAAAGAGAGCUAUCAAGGAUCUCAGAAUCGAAAAUCUCAAGUGACCCAGAGAAGCUGUCCUAACAGAGAAAAAUUCUACAUGAAUGAAGAUGACCAGAGCCAGGGCUUACAGGGAAGACACUCUGAGCCGUCCUUCUAUCCAACCCAGAGCAGUGGGAAGCCCCAAAGCAGAGAACACUGUGGUCACCCUUCCAAGGCAGCUACUGCUCCCAACCCUCUCUAUGACUAUGUGCAAGAGCAGAAAUCCUAUCGGUACUAGUCUAUGUGAGCACCAGACAUAAAGCAACACAAGCCAAAGAAGAAACCUAUAUGUUGAGUUCAUCUUUAAUUCUAUUUAAGAGGUUGAGAAUGUAUUUCUUCCCUCUCUUCUCUCCUGUAUCUACCUGCAAGGAUGUUUUUGAGGACUAGUACUCACUUGAGGGCUUUUCAGUUAUUUGGGAAGCAAUUCUAGGGUUUUCUGAUACAGCAAAAUCUAGGUGGUAAGUUGGGUGAGAUAACCAUAUCUUAAUGAUGAUCAUUUGGGUAUUUAAAUAAUGUCCUGGUUUGCCCUCUGUGUAGAUGAGAGCUGAUUGAAUCACUGAAAGGCAGAACACUUCUCCCUAAAGUUCAGAAACAGAAAAGAUAUUCUGAAGAUUUACAUUACAACUGAGGAGAGGAAACCCAGGUUUUGGUGAGCUUUGGCUGCUAUAGAUAAAACAUAAGGAAUUUCAAGCUUCAUAGUCUAGACUAGAAUGAAACUCAGCGUGAGGCUGCUAGGAGAGCCAGAAACACAGAGUGCAUCACUGAUCUUGACUACAUCUCCCAUUCCAGGCUGUCAUUCCAUACCAGAGGGACUGUCCAUUAGUGCCUACCACUAGAGCUGACUAGACUCAUUCCAACUCAAUGUCUUUAUAGUUUCUGAUUAUAUAAAAUAGAAAGAAUAUGUCAUAUGUUUGCAAAUUCCAGGGCACCAAAACUGUCAAUCCAUAGCUCCUAAGACCUGAAAACUCUUUCAAGGUAAUCUAUGUGCAGACUAUGGAAUUGUAUUUAAAUAUCCAAUAAACAAUUGAUGAGCAAUGAC